AUGGCCAAGGAAGACCAAGAGAAGACGGCGUUCAUAACGCCGCUCGGCGCCUACUGCUACACAGCCAUGACCUUCGGCCUCCGGAACGCUGGCGCCACCUACCAACAGUGCAUGAACAGCUGCCUAGAAAGCCAGAUCGGCCGCAACGUCCACGUCUAUAUAGACGACGUGGUCGUGAAGUCGACUCGCCAGGACGACCUGGUCGCCGACCUCGCUGAAACAUUCGCAAACCUGCGGUGGUACAACAUCAAGCUCAACCCCCUGAAGUGCACCUUCGGAGUCCCAUCCGGACAGCUACUCGGCUACGUCGUCUCCAAACACGGCAUCGAGCCCAACCCGGAGAAAACGGCAGCGGUCAUGCGCACCAAGCAACCAACCUGCCUAGUCGACGCGCAGAAGCUCGCCGGGAGGGUCGCGGCACUAAGUCACUUCAUCCCGCGACUCGGCGACAAGGCCACGCCACUCUAUCGCCUCUUGAAGAAAUCAGAAUCGUUCGAGUGGACAGAUGAGGCGCAAAAGGCCCUAGAAGAGUUUCAACACGCUCUCAGGAACGCACCUGUCCUCGCGGCCCCACUCCCUCAAGAAACGAUGUUGCUAUACGUCGCCGCGUCGAAUCGCGCGAUAAGUGCAGUCAUGGUCGUUGAACGCAAAGAAGAAGGGAAAGAGCAGCUGAUCCAACGCCCAGUCUACUACAUCAGCGAAGCCCUCAUCGAAUCGAAGCAGCGCUACCCGCACUACCAAAAACUGGUGUACGCAGUACUGAGGGCCCAGCGGCGACUGGCCCCUUACUUCCACGAGCACCCCAUCAAAGUGGUUGCUUCAACUCCACUCGCCGACAUUAUCCGAAACCGUGACGCAACCGGACGGAUAGCCAAGUGGGCAGUCAAACUCGGCGUCCACAACAUCACAUACGAGUCGCGCCAUACCAUCAAGUCCCAGGCAUUAGCCGACUUCCUCGUCGACUGGGAAGAAGCACAGCAGCCGAGCUCCCAGGCCGACCUCAAGCAUUGGACGCUACACUUCGACGGUUCUAAAAACCUCGAAGGAGCAGGCGCAGGCGUCGUCCUCACCUCGCCCAAAGGUGACGUCGUGCGGUACGUCUUGCAGCUCCGAUUCGAACCCUGCACCAACAAUAUGGCCGAGUAUGAAGCGCUUCUCCAUGGCAUGCGCGUCGCAAAGGAGAUGGGCGCAACUCGCCUGCGAUGCCUCGGCGACUCCGACCUCGUCGCCAUCCAGACGUCCGGCACCUGCGACGCCUCCGACGCCAACAUGAUCGCCUACAAACGAGCUGUCGACCAAGCCGGCGCCAGCUUCGCUGGCCACGUCGUCGAGUGGAUCGACAGGCGCAAGAACGAAGAAGCAGACGCCUUGGCCAGGCUUGGGUCCAAGCGGAUACCACCCCCUCCAGGAGACUUCCUCGACGUCCUCGCCCGUUCAUCGGUGCACAUACCACAGGAAAUCGACAUCGCCAAACCACCUGCACCUGACUCCGCCCUAGUCGCACUCGCCUCUAAUGUUGGGGACUGGACCGAGCCGUACCUCAGCUACCUCGAGCGCCAGGUACUGCCGACGGACGAAACAGAGGCACGCACCCUCGUGCGCCGCUGCAAGUCCUUUACCAUCAUCAACAACGAGCUCUACAAACGCAGCAUCUCCGGGAUAUUUCAGCGCUGCGUCACCGCCGAUGAAGGUCGCAAGAUCCUCCGGGACAUCCACGCGGGCGACUGCGGCCAUCAUGCAGGCGCCCGCUCGAUCGUGGCCAAAGCUUUUCGGCAUGGCUUCUACUGGCCAACAGCUCACGACGACGCCGUGGCUAUCGUUCGAGCAUGCGCCGGGUGCCAGAAAUACGCCAGCCAGUCGCACAUGCCGGGAUCAGCACUGAAGACCAUACCCCUCACCUGGCCAUUCGCCGUCUGGGGCAUGGACAUGGUGGGAAAGUUCAAAACGGCGCCCGACGGAUAUACCCAUCUCCUCGUCGCCGUGGACAAGUUCACCAAGUGGAUAGAGGCAAAACCCAUCAAAAAAUGCGACGGCAAAACGGCGACCAAGUCGACCGGCUACACGCCGUUCUUCCUGGUGUAUGGCGCCGAAGCCGUCAUGCCAACAGACAUCGCCUAUGAUUCACCACGAGUCGCCAACUGCGUCGAAGAAGAAAACGAGCAAUCUCGGCAAGACAACGUCGACACCCUCGACGAGGCACGAGACCUCGCACCCUCCAGAACGGCCAUUUACCAGCAAGGCCUGCGCCGAUACCAUAGUCGCCGAGUGCGCAGUCGCUCCUUCCAAGAAGGCGACCUCGUCCUUCGGCUCAUACAAGACAAGAAGGGCAUGCACAAGCUUUCUCCCCCGUGGGAGGGACCGUUCGCCAUCAGCCGCGUGCUUGGCAACGAUGCCUACUACCUCACUGACGUACGCAAGAACGACAAGGGCGAGCCGCUAACCAGAGAAGUCGAGCGUCCCUGGAACGUCAACCUUCUCCGCCGGUUCUACACCUAG